AUGAGAAUGUUCGAUUCAGAUAACAGAAAACGCCCCUCGCCAGGCGCGUCAGACCAAGGGGUCAGACUGAAGAAACCAUAUCAACAAGCAUAUGGCAAUAACCUCGACACUCGGAAUUUAGACAUACGCAGUCAUAAUCAAUUCAUAGGACCGUCCGGGGUGAACCUUCUUUCACCGGCAGAUUGUUUCACCCCGCAAAGUCCAGGGUUCAUCUCAAAUGCCUACGAAUCACAUCUAGUUGAGCCUCUUCGUGUCGGUAAAUCUCCGCUCGCUCUACUUGAUGGUGAUAUUUUCGACGAUUCGACACUUCAGCCGCAUUCAUGGUCUGAAAAUAGCGAAGAGUUCCCGGAUGAGGAUUUGUUACUAGAAGAUGAAGAAUUGGUUCCGAGAGUCUGCUUUGGCGUCCUUAAUGUGCCAGUUACAUCAGCGUCCCAAGGCGAUGAGCUCGACGAACCCACCCCGAUCGAUCUAGAAGAGCUUGGGGAAAUGGUUAAGAUCAAACGCCAGACCUGCGUGCAAGCGUCCGCAACGUUGAUCAAGACCACGCCAGAUCCAUCCGAAUCUACUGGGAAGAAAGGUUCAACGCUUUGGCAUAGUUAUACAGCCCGUAUUGUUCUUGCUGGUCUACAACAAGAUCGAAAUCGAGUUGGUAAACUGUUGUCCGACUCACAUCAGUUUCUCCAGCAUCCGUACAUGGAAGAGUGUGGAGAGCUCGAGUACUGCAACCCGCACUAUCUCGUGCGACCCGGAGCUUCGAUGCCUAAGCUGCAAGGUACUACUGGCUUUGUUUCCGCUUCCACAAAACCCUUCAGUUCACUUACCGAGCUGAACAAGAGCCGCGUACUCCGAAUUUUCGAUCGUGUUGGACUCGAGGGUGAUGAGAGAAGUCGCUUCCAUAACUCGAUCAGUCCUAGAGUGAAGUCGGAUCUUAAACAGCAUCAGAUUACGGCAGUUGCGAUGAUGCUGGAGAGAGAGUCAAGUGACAUUACUUCAUGUGUGUUUCCGUCCAUUUGGGAAACCACAAAAUCCACAGAUGCCUCCAAAAUGUUUCGAAAUAAGGUCACUGGCAUAUACAGUGGAUCUCCAACACGACUAAAAGGUGGUCUUCUCGCGGACGAUAUGGGCUUGGGAAAGACACUAAGUACUCUUGCUCUCAUUUGCUCUUCUCUAGACCACCACACUGGCAAUGAAGAUGCAUCGCUUCCGACUUUAGUGGUAACAACUAAGUCGACUAUACCUGGGUGGCAGUCUCAAAUAGAAAAGCAUGUACAUUAUGGGCAGCUCCGAGCUGCAAUCUACCAUGGUCUCAACAGACAUCUCCUUGCUCCGAGAUUCAAUGAGCAUGACAUCAUUUUGACAACGUAUGAGACUUUGCGAUUAGACCGUGUGGCUGAAGGACCACUCUACCAACACGAGUGGCGUCGCCUUGUCCUCGAUGAAGGUCUGACACUCUUCCUUGCCAUCAAAACUCAAGUCCUAAAUUUGUACUUAGCACAUCAUAUCCGCAAUAGAGCCUCGCAGACUUUCAAAGCAGCUUGCUCAAUAAAGUCCUACUACAGGUGGUGUCUCACUGGAACGCCUAUUCACAACUCACUCGACGACUACGGUGCUCUUCUCAGCUUUCUGGACGUUCCUGGCUUCACCGAAAGAACUAUGUUCGAGCGAUGGAUCACAAAACCCAUCAGAGAAAACAAAUCAGAAGGUUAUACAAUGCUGCAGACUCUGGUGCGUAGUACCUGUCUCCGUCGUACGAAGGAAAGUAUGGGCGACAUCCUGCAUCUUCCACAACGGCACGAAAAGAUAGAGCAUGUUAAUCUAAGCCAGGAGGAUCAAAUCCUUUACAAGUUCUUCAAGGAGAAGGCUGCAAGUCUCGCUUCUGGAACCAAAGCAAGCCAUGUGGCAGUGACGCGAUCCGACAAUGAUCAACGCGGCGGCAUCAUCUGUUCACUAAAUUUUCUUCGAUCGAUAUGCAACCACGGCGAGCAACUACUUCCUGACACUGCCUUACGGAUAUGGGACACCCGAGGUCAAUCGAUGGUCACACGAGGCGACGUCACAAUGCGCGACAACAAUGGUAAUGCAUCAAGAUAUUCCGCCAAAGUACUGGCGCUUCUGAGAAAUCUGCUCACAGCGCACACCCCAAUAAACGACAUCAAUGAGAACUACAUUCCGGCAAAAAGCGUCGUGUUCAGUCAUUCGACCAGAAUGCUUGAUCUUAUCCAGCCAGCACUCUCACACUACCAGUUCAGAACCUGUCGCAUCGAUGGCAGCACCAGCCUUGAAGGAAGAAGUAACGUGCUGAGAGAGUUCUCCGAGGAUGCUCACUGCGCUGUCAUGCUGGCCACAAUCGGCAGUGCUGGCGAGGGGCUCGAUCUCACAGCCGCAAAUCACGUUCACAUCAUUGAACCACAUUGGAACCCGAUGGCGGAGGCGCAGGCCGUUGACCGAAUCUAUCGCAUUGGUCAAAAGCGGGAAGUGUUCGUUACGCGAUACAUCGUGCCCAAGUCGAUUGAAACCUAUAUCCAAUGGGUUCAACAGCAAAAGCUCAAGUUGCAACUGCGAGCGAACCUUGGAUGUCAGUUGUAA